AUGUUUGUACUGAAUUACCCCCGUAUCCAGAUCCCGUUUGAGAUUACUUUAUGGGUGCUGCUUGCUUCCUUUGCCAAAAUAGGAUUCCAUGUCUACCAUAAGAUCACGGUCUGGGUGCCAGAAUCCUGUUUGCUGAUCUCCACUGGUCUCAUAGUGGGGGGAAUCAUGCACUCGGUGAAUGAGGAGCCCCCGGCAGUGCUUACCUCCAAUGCCUUUUUCCUUUACAUGUUGCCACUCAUUGUUCUAGACUCAAGCUACUUCAUGCCCACUCGGCCUUUCUUUGAGAAUUUUGGCACGGUGCUGUGGUUUGCUGUUGUCGGCACCUUGUGGAAUUCCAUUGGCAUUGGCAUCUCCCUGUUUGCCAUCUGCCAGAUCGAGGCUUUUGGUGUACAGGACAUUAACCUGCAGGAGAACCUCCUCUUCGCCUCGAUCAUCUCAACAGUGGAACCGGUUGCUGUGCUCACUGUAUUUGAGGACAUCAGUAUCCACGAGCAGCUUUAUAUUGUUGUAUUUGGAGAGUGCCUGUUCAAUGAUGCUGUCACUGUGGUGCUGUAUAAUCUUUUCAAUCAUGUAGCAGUGAUGCCUGAGGUUGAAGCUGGAGAAGUUUUUCUGGACAUAGGUAGUUUUUUUGUGGUAGGUUUGGGUGGUGUGUUUUUCGGCCUUCUGUUCGGCUUUGUGGCUGCCUUCACCACACGCUUUACUGGAAAAGUGAGAGAGAUCGAGCCUCUAAUCAUCUUCCUGUACAGUUACCUGGCCUACCUCUUAGCUGAGCUCUUUGCCAUCUCCAGCAUCAUGGCAAUUGUAACCUGUGCUUUGACUAUGAAGUAUUACGUGGAGGAGAAUGUAUCCCAGCAUUCCUGCACCACUAUUCGCCAUGUCAUUAAGAUGCUCGGAAGUGUGUCAGAAACUCUGAUCUUUUUCUUCCUGGGUGUUGUUACCAUAACAACAGAGCACGAGUGGAACUGGGGCUACAUACUCUUUACUCUGCUAUUUGCUCUGCUUUGGAGAGGCCUGGGAAUCCUGGUCCUUACGCAGAUCAUUAACCCCUUCCGUACAAUUCCUUUUAACUUCAAAGAUCAGUUUGGUUUAACCUAUGGUGGGCUGAGAGGAGCCGUGUCCUUUGCCUUGGCCUUCACUCUCCCUGAGAGCAUUGGUCGCAAGAAGCUAUUCAUCACAGACACGAUUGUCGUCAUCAUCUUCACAGUGUUCAUUCAGGGAAUUACAAUAAGACCUCUUCUAAAAUUAAUGAAUGUCCGUAAGACAAAUCGAAACCAAGAGACCAUCAGUGUUGAGAUUCACAAAAGGUUAAUGGAGCACACUGUUGCAGGCAUAGAAGAUCUAUGUGGACAAUGGAGUCACUACUACUGGAAAGACAAGUUCAUGAAGUUUAAUAACCGGAUCAUUCGCAAGAUUUUAAUCCGUGAUACUCGUCCAGAAUCGAGCAUUGUGGCUCUGUAUAAGAAACUGGAGCUUCAGAACGCCAUGGAGAUUCUGGACACAAUGUCCGGUGACAUCAGUGCAGCUCCCUCUUUAAUUUUAUUACAUGAAGAAACAAAGAAUGCCUCAAAGUCCAGGAAGAAGUUCUUGUCAUCUGAUGUGACAAGUAUGCAUGAACUCUUAUCAAAAAACAUGUACAAGAUCAGACAGAGGACAGUGUCUUAUACCAAUAAGCAUUCAUUACCCAAUGAUAUCACAGCCAGAGAGAUCCUGAUGAGACGGCACACAAGUUUACGUCGCAGCCUCAGAGGUGGAAGCUUCCAUGGCACUAAUGCUGCAAAAAAGUCCCAGAAGUUUUUGUCUCUCCCGAUGGGUCAGAGUCUGAACUCUGGAUUUCCUCCACGGAGAUUCGGUCACACCGGAGAUGGUGAUACAGAAACCGAGAUUGACUAUCCGUCAACCAGGCCUAUGUUCAAGCAUCCACAGAGAUUGUCAUCUAAAGCAGUGAUGCCUCUAGCUUCCUCUGUGAACAUGUUGGAUGAACAAAAUGAGGAGGAGAGGGGCUACAGGAUGUCACAUCUGAGGUCAAACAUCAGCCAUUCAGGGCAUCAGACCUCAAAUCCGCCUUAUGGCUCAUCUAGAAACUAUAGUGACAAAGACUGUGAGGGUGGAGAGCAGCAAUCAUGGCCGUCUCCCCACACAUGGGUACAGGAACCACAGAAUGAUGUACAACAGCCUUUGAUGAGGAGGCCACGCUGAUCUGUUAAUGCAGCUGGACUGCUAUUAUCUGUGGAUGAGAUCACACAACUUUGAAGCAAACUAAAACACUUACACUAGAGAGAAAGGGAAGAAUUUACUCCAUGUUAAACACAAUCAUAAAAUAUUCCUAUGUGAGAAUUUACAUAAAAGCUUUCUACGACACUAAAGCCAUCAGAAAUUGUGAUAUAUAGGUCUUAAAACCACUG